AUGACUCUUCUGGCAAAGAUAGACGGCAGUCCUUCACACCAUUUUGAACAUCCACAUUUGCAUCACUUAAACCACCUUGAGCCACUACCACCACCAUUGCAACUUGGAUUGCCAAAUCACCUUGAUUUUACUCCGACACCACUAGCAGAAGAAGCACUUCCCUGGAUACCGGCUCCAGCGCCAGUUUCAAUUGCACCAGCUCUAACUCCAUUAGGUCCAGCUCCAUCAGUUCCAGCUGCAGCUCCAUUAGUACCUGCUCCGAUACUACCUCAAAUUCCGGUUUGGACUUCACAAGCCUUACCAGCUGUAGCUCCAGCGCCACCUGUAUUUGCACCUGCAUCAUUUCUGCCGGCAUCUACUCCCAUCGUGCCAACCUAUACGCAACCCAUUCAUCAGCACUUGUCCACAGUAACACAAGUGCUUCCACCGAUCCUGGAAGCAGUACCAUUUGCUCCCAGGUAUCGUGCGAUCCUGGGGCCCAAAACCACUACCACUAAGGUUGCAAUUGGUUAUGCUUUCCCCAAACUUCUAUCCACACCACAUGCCCAUUUAAAAGCUUUGCCUUUAAAGCUAUCCCAUCACCAUCAUUCACUAUUUUAA